ACCAUCCCCCACAGGCUACACAAUCUGUUUUUUUUUGUUUGCUUUUGCUGUUUUUUCUUUUUUUUUCGUUUGGUUUAUUAAUUUCGUGCUGAUGUGUUUCGUAUGCCGCCAAAUGAAAUUUGUGUGCAAUGAGCGACGAAUGCAGGCCAACAGCAACAACAACAACAGCGACAGCAGCAGCUACAAUAAUAACUUUAAUAUUUAGAGAUAUUGGAGCCUUGUCCGCCUGCUUCAUUUGCAGACUGGAUAUCCCACAACUGGACAACUUGGCCAGGUUCAAGUGCAACCAGUUACCAGUUUCCAGAAAUAUAGCAACAACAAUAACAGCAGCAGUAUUAGCAACAGCUUUAGGCAGAGCUCAAGCUCCAAAACUCGAGAACCGAGUUCCACUUGACGGUAAUUCCAAUGUAUAUAUCAAGUACUUAUAAAAUCUACAUGCGGCCACCUAACUGUAAAACGCACUGUGUAACGGUCAUCCGCAAAUAGCAAGUGGAAAUUGCGCAAUAGCAGCAGCAGCAACAGCAGCAGCUAGAUGAGCAGAAAACAAACUGUAACCACAACAACAACAAGCAAAAUACAUUCUCGGCAAUUACAUAAAAAUUGAAACUAGAAAUUGGCGGCGCAUCCAAUUACCAAAUGCUUUUGUUGCUGCCAGAACUAUGGCAACAACAACAAAAACUAU